GGCUCCCUUCGCCAUCUUGAAUUGUCCGGGGCAGAAGCUGAGAGGCGGCGGUGGAGGAGGAUUUUGGGGUCGGGAAAGCUACGCGUCCUAAAUUCGAAAGCCACAUUACUGACGCAGAUUAACGGGGCUUCCGCCGGUUGCCCUCGUCAAAUGAUCAUAUCUUGUCGACCAUAUUUCAAAGAGGACGUCUGUUGAAGAGGUUGAAACGAAGAGCGACUCGCUAUUGGUGCUGGUUUUGCUUGUGGAGCGGCGAACCGAUCCUCAGCUCUGGCCUCGCUGCCUUGUCGGACUAUUGGGUAAUAUUUGGACUUGUGCGUGGAGUUGGACAGAAAAUCGACACCAGGCACCACACUGUCGUGCUCGACUGUUGGGAAAUGAUUGCCAAUUUGACGUUUUAAUGCAAUGCUAGGCAGCCCUGCGAGGACAAGUUUGAUUGGAGGACGGAGUGCGCUUGAUUUCCAGUCCGAUGGAUAUUGCCUCUGUCCGGUUGUGGCUUGCUUCACUCUUCCGCUCCUCUGACAAAACAAUCGUUCCAACAAAGCCACGGUUGUUCGUAACGAUGCUGCAGCAUGCCAAACGUAUGCUAGCGUUGGCUUGAAUGCCAAGACGAAAUUGCCCUCCUUUGCUCAUCUGUAAACGUGGAAAUACCAAGCAAGUACCCCCCUCCCCCUCUUUGCAUUACCCGAGAUAGCUUUGGAUUUAUCUCGUUUUGAACAUGUGCUUCUUCUGAUUCUGCCGCCGUGAGGAUUGUUUUUUUACUUUUCUUUUUUUCUUCUAAUUUUUUUUUACUUUUUCUUAUCUUGGAAUCCGAUUCGGAUGGAAAAUGGGAGACGCCACCAAACUGGCCCUCGCCGUUUUCCUCAUCUCCUGUUCUUCAGGUGCAAUCCUGGGACGCUCCGAGACGCAGGAGUGCAGCUACUACAACUCCAGCUGGGAAAAGGAACGUACCAACCGCAGCGGCAUUGAACCGUGCUAUGGUGAUAAGGACAAAAGGCGGCACUGCUUUGCCACGUGGAAGAAUAUUUCUGGCACCGUGGAGGUAGUCAAGCAGGGCUGCUGGUUGGACGACAUCAACUGCUAUGACAGCAAUGAGUGCGUGGAGAGGAAGGAGAAUCCUGAUGUUUUCUUCUGCUGCUGUGAAGGCAACAUGUGCAACGAGCGCUUCCUCUACGCACCCGAUACAACGCCGCAAAGCGACACACACCAGUCAACAGCCUACACCACAUCCAACCCUUUCUCCCAGAAGCCUCAGCUCUUCAGCACUCUGCUUUACUCCCUUGUCCCCAUCAUCGGACUGGCCGCUGUCGUCCUCUUCUCCUUCUGGAUGUGGCGACACCACAAGUUUGCAUAUCCGGCAGCCCUCGUCCCUACGCAUCACCCCUUUCACAUUAUGGUGGAGGAUCCCGGCCCUUCGCCACCAUCUCCUAUCCUGGGACAUAAACCACUGCAGCUGAUUGAAUUGAAGGCCAGGGGACGCUUUGGAUGCGUAUGGAAGGCCCAGCUUCUGAGCGAAUAUGUGGCCGUGAAGAUCUUCCCGAUUCAGGACAAGCUUUCGUGGCAGAACGAGUACGAGAUUUACAGCGUGAGUGGCAUGAAGCAUGAAAAUAUCCUCCAUUUCAUCGGUGUGGAGAAGAGGAACAACAACCUGGACUUGGAGCUGUGGCUCAUAACCACCUACCAUGACAAGGGCUCACUGACAGACUAUCUGAAGGCCAAUGUGGUGUCCUGGAAUGAGCUGUGCCACAUCACUCAGACGGCUGCCCGAGGUCUGGCCUACCUCCACGAAGAUAUCCCGGGACAUAAAGACGGACACAAGCCCUCCAUUGCUCACAGGGACAUCAAGAGCAAGAACGUGCUUCUGAAGAACAACCUUACAGCUUGCAUCGCUGACUUUGGUCUUGCGCUUAAAUUCGAAGCUGGAAAAUCAGCAGGAGACACACACGGCCAAGUGGGAACGCGGCGUUACAUGGCUCCAGAGGUCCUUGAGGGAGCCAUUAACUUCCAGCGUGACUCCUUUCUGCGCAUUGACAUGUACGCCUUCGGUCUUGUCCUGUGGGAACUGUCUUCACGAUGCACUGCUUCAGAUGGCCCAGUAGACGAGUACAUGCUGCCCUUUGAGGAAGAGGUGGGUCAACAUCCGUCUCUGGAGGACAUGCAGGAGGUGGUUGUGCAUAAGAAGUUGCGCCCCUGCCUUCGAGACUGCUGGCAGAAACACACGGGUCUAGCCAUGCUCUGUGAAACGAUUGAAGACUGCUGGGACCACGAGGCCGAGGCCCGACUCUCUGCUGGCUGUGUAGAGGAGCGCAUUGGCCAAAUGCAGCGACAGGCUCCAAUUAUCGGUCCUGAGGAGAUCGUCACCGUCGUCACUAUGGUGACCAACGUGGACCUCCCACCUAAGGAGUCCAGCUUAUGAUCAGCCAACGCGCUACCAGACGAGCAUCAGAUGUGGGGCACGAGCAGCUGACCCUGGUUGGUUGGUUGCGUUAGCUUUUGUCAUUCUGGUUUGGUCGUCGUUUUUGUUGUUGGGUUUAGUUUUUGUAAAGUACCGGCCGCUACUCGCGCUCAGGACAUACCAUGCGCCCACCUCACCACAUCAAAUGAUCUCCACCUCAUGUCGACGUGUGUGCCUGAGGAUUUGAACAGCUGGAACCAUAUAGGCUAAUUAUGACGGAGCAAACGAGUGACGGUGCAGAAACGGCGAGACUCGACAAACAGCUGGAUCACGGUUUUAUAUACACGACACGUCAGAGGGUCAACUGGAUCUUCAACAGUGAGAAAAGACCUUUGCAGAAUUUCACCAAACUCUCAAUACAUUAAAAAAAAAGAAAAAAACAAUAUGGGCAUGUGGCUCUUGAUACCGUUGCUGUUUUCUUGUGCGUGUAUUUUUUUGGUUGUUUGUUUGUUUUUGAAGUAUCGACUAACAUUCUGCCAAUAAGCAACGGCUUUUGAAUGUUUAUAGUGUAAUGCUGCUGUACAUAAUGUAUUAUGAACCCAGUCGACUUGUUAAUCCAUUUUAUCUUAUUUUAAGGGGAUAGGGUGGGAAUGGGCCGGGCGAUCCAUUUUUCAAGCAUUACGAUGAUAAAAACCAUAGACCUCCUUCAACCAGGUAUACCUCAGUUCAGAUGGACACACAUGAUUAGUCCCUCUCACUGUUCAUAGUUACUGCUCACUCAUCACUUUUCACAAGCUUCAUUGCAUCGAAACGAUAUAACCCUUGUUGGUGCUCAUGGGUAAUGUAGUUAGCAGACUAUCAGUAGACAUGGCCGCACAUCAGCGAGUGUUCCCGCUUCUUUGCUUGUCAAUUGAAUACCUUGCCCUUUGUUUAGCCAUGAUUAUUUUUUUUCUUGCAGUUGAUUAGUUAGCAUUGCUCCAGCAAAAGGAAGCGGUCAAAAUCUUAGAGCCCCGUCAAGUUUCCCCCCCCCCCCCCCCUUUCAUUUGGAAAAUUGUUAGUGUUGUCUGAAUUAUUAUUGUUUUUAAUAGCCUGAAUGCCACAGUAAUUCAGCCCUUGUUUGUCUUCGAGGUUUCAGAUUUCAAGUGUGAUUUUGAGGAAGGUUCCAAAGGUACCAGCCCUGUUUUGGAAAUGUAUUCAGCAGAGCCAGCUCAAUUCUUUGUUUGAUUGCACACAUCUCAUUUGACUACUGUUAAGGGUUUUCGCUCUCUGUUUAUACGCCUCAGGAAUCUUUGCUAGCCAUCCUCGUCACUCUCGCGAUUCUCAGAACAGCGUUUGUCAGGUCGUGACUUCUUGUGCUUCUUCUCACUUCAUCUCGACACUAAUGCUGGACAGUAAAGUCACAAGACUGCCGUUCUUUGUUCAAUUCAGGUUACGGUGUGAGCUCGCUGACCGAGGCGUUGUACCAGGUCUCGCUUCCGCACUGGUUGUGACUUUUAACGCUGCGCCUUUCAUAAUCAAAUCAAGUCACCACAGUAGUAACAAUCCAGGUUGGGUUCCCACCAAACUAAACUGCCAGUCAUAUACUGUUUCCAAGCCAAACACGUCAAGUAUGUGCCGCCAUCAAACGAGAGUUAGACGGGGGAGCGCAUCUUUCAUCCUGGUGCCAUUUCUUCCACCAUACAGUCGUUACUCUUGUAGAUGUCAGGCCAAACGGAUGUAUCUGUCGCUGUUGUAGAGGCAACAGCGGGGUUUUGUUUUCCUCCAGCUUUUUAUUUGCUCUAAUGGACAUCAAACACCGGUGCCGGUAAAACUGCAGUCUCUCCUCGAGCUUUGGGUUUGUUCCACAUGAUGCGGUUUUAAAUCAGCAGAUGAGUUGGGGAAAUGUGUGAAUGCAGACAUUGUUUGGCGUUCUAAAAGUGAGCGGAGCUGUGGACUGUUGUCUGUUUUUCCGUCGUAAUUCAGAACUGCUGUUAAAGUCAAGCAGACCCCAAGCUUGGAAUAAAACAUGAUUUCAGCAGCACUUGUAGAUCUGAAGGAAGUCAAAGCCAUCAAUGUACUUUGUUACCGCAGUAUGAUCUUUGCAUCAGUGCAACAUCUUUCUUUCUCUUAUUCUGCUGUUGCUGCCCCUUGAUUGGCUCCUUGUUUAUUGCCCUCUCAAAGCUUGGCACUACCUCACUCACAGGGAUUUCAGGUUGCGGGAAGUGUGGCAAGUAAACCAAAUUGAAAACUCUCCUGUCAUCAAGCCUUUGCAAUUUCAAAUCGCUCCAGCUACUCAAAUUCCCAUUAGACAAGACAAUGAUCUGCAAUCUGUAGUUAAACCCACAUCUUGUCAACAGCGUCUGCCUGUUCAGUGACUUCAAACUGCAUCAGUGAAACAGUCCCAAAACGCCAUUCAGGGAUUCAGUACUACUAUGCUUUUCUAUGUUCUGGCAAGUUAUAUGCAACCAGUGCCGCAAACCACUCAACACUUGAGCAGCAAGAGUGACUUUCAGUACACACACAAAUAAUUUGUAGUAGCAUUUAAUUUUGAUUUUAAUCCUUGCAUAUUGAUGUGUGGUAUUUAUUUUUUACUCAAAGACCUGAAGUUAUGGGGCUCGAAACUCAGCUGCAACUCAAACCACUAAGAGUUGGCACGAGUUCAGCUUGUCAUUUUGGGGGAAAUGGGUUGGGGUAUCCUUACUUGUAAUUCAGGAAGGACUUCAGUUCAUUCUUUAAGAAAAGAUGCAAACUGCUCCUGACUCUUUCAUCUCUGUACAAAGACCGCAAAUGAAUGUUGUUGAGACUCCUGGACUCUGGUUUGGUGUACUUUGACAGAUCAGGCGUGGCCCGUGUAUCUAAGUCGGGCUCCGCUUUCAGCUGACCAUCCUGUGAUUGUGCUGUUUUGGUAGAAAACAGUCCAACUGUUACAGGUUCAUUCAUACGCCUCCUGACGAAACCAAAAAUCAGCAGGUGGCUCAUUCGUUCAAACCACAGAAAGAAGCACUUCAGUUGUCUUUAUGGAAGCACUUAAUGCGUUUCCAAAUGAGGUCAUGGGAGACAAUCUUGGAAAAUCGGCUUGACUAGUGGCUCCGCUGUGGUCUCAGUGUUAGGAAUAUUUAAAGGUGUAUGAAUGGAUUUUCCCAGCGAGAAGCUUUACCCUUUCGAUCCUGACUUCCUCCAGGCCAGCAGCAUUGCUGUGCUUCUGAAUACCAGUGAAUCAUUUGUGUCUUGUUGCCCUUCUAUUUGAAAUAGCCGAGGACCUGUACAGACAUGCGAACGUAUUAAAUCAAGUAUAUACUAUGAGCUGAAUCUUUAUAAGUGUGUGUGUGAAAAAUCUGUGUUUCCUAUACAGAACAUUCAUUUGUACUUUUUGUGUUUUGGUUUCAACUGUCCACCACAAUUGAGCUUUGUGUAAGCUAGAGGCUCAUUGGAGUAUUUUGCAGAUUUUCCCCAGAAAGCACUUAAAGUGGUGUUGCUCAGGGAACCCGAGCAGUUCCCCUGACAUUUGCAAUACUCUCGAUGUGAUCAUGAAAUCAUUUGCUCCUGGUGUUCCAUUCCACCGCCUCAACUUCCUUCUUGUCCCUGCUGUUAAGAAUUCAAGAGGAAGCGUUGAUCUCCAAUGACCUCAUUACCAAGACUGUGAUCGUUUGGUUGCAAGGUCAGAAGUUUCUUAAAAAAAAAAAAGGAAAACAAAAAGAAAAAAACACUACAAGUUUCUGACCCCAGUAUUCUUGAGGUUCUCUAAAAUGCAGCGCUGAUCAAAGACAUACAGCUUCUCAUGGGGAGAACACAGAAGGAAGGUUUUCCUUUUGGGUCACUGGUCUUCGUAGAUAGAUACACGAUGGAAUAUGUGUGUAUUUUCAUGUCGGUGACAAAAGAGAUGAAAGCCAUCAGCAACUCUGGACUCAUCCCGGAAAAGACGAACCUGAUCUGUGAUCAGCGCUGUAACUGGUGUUAGCCGGUGGAGGUUUUUAAUCCGUUUAAGUGAUCCACGUGAUGUAAAUAAAUGUUUCUAGAUUGUGAGAAUUGA